AUGUUGUUUUCUAAAAAAUCUACCGCAUGGGUGUACAUGCUAUUCAAAGAAGUUGUAUGUAACUUUACAUCGCAUGAGAUCGCAUACUGGGAUAGGCCUCGGGCAGCCUUAAUUAGGGAUAACAUUUACCUAGAGGGUGGAUGGAUGCAGACCGGAACCUGGAAAGAUGGCGCAUGGGAUUUGGAGUCGCUAGCCACGGUCAGUCCUUCAGAUGGGAUGCUAUUUAAGCUCAGCCUGCACAAUUCUUUCGGCACACGGGCAGAAGACCCACCCGCCUGGUUCGAACAGAUUCCGGAAGGCGGUGUCAAGAACUACUACCUCGAUGGCUAUAUGUUCGCUGAUGAUGAAGAGUUCUAUGCAUGGGGUGGUAUGACCGUGGUCUCCCAAAACGCUAGCACGCGCACGGUGAGCAUGGUCCUGUAUGAUGAUACUCACUCUGCCAAUGCGUCACUUGGUCUACCUGACGUGACCUAUAAACCACAGAAUGGGUCUUUCAUUACUGUCACAAACGGAGCUGGAGCCAACGCUCCCAGCGAGCGAUGCAGCUUCUAUUUUGGCGGAUUCUGUAAUGACAGUGAGGCGGCAUAUUCCUACUUCAAUCAACCUAAAAACCAAAGCAACUGGCUGAUAACUGUUGAUAUGUCAGAACUUGGGCAUGCAACUUGGUCGAAGACGCCACUGAAUGGGAAUUCCUCCUGGCGAAGCGAGAGUGGACUCGUGUGGGUGCCAACAUCGACGGCGGGCAUACUGGUUGUCAUCGGUGGAGUUAUACAGCCAGCGGAUAUGAACUUUGAAAUUCCCCACGACAAUUACACCCAAUCCAUAACCUAUCUACAACAAUUUCCCAUCUACGACAUAGGCUCUGAUACUUGGAGUACGCAGAUGCUCAAUGAAGACUCUCCAGUACCGGAUGUACCUCUUGCACAAUUCUGCACCGUUGUGGCGUCAAGCCCUGAUAGUUCCCAUCACGAGAUUUUUGUUUAUGGAGGCUGGGAUAGCAAUGGAGGGCAAGCGCAAGAUGCUGUCUGGAUCUUGACAGUUCCGUCAUUCACAUGGGUCAAAGCAUCCAGCCCUGGGCGUACAGGUGGCGCAAGGCAAAAUCAUGUCUGUGUGACGCCGUAUCCUGACCAGAUGAUUGUUGUUGGUGGCACGGGAGUCGGCGAAACCCCUCCAACUUAUAACACCACUGUGGACGUUUUCAGCCUCAAUACAUUUACCUGGACAGGAAGAUACGAUCCAGACAUUUACGAUGAAUACAAACCUCAUCGGGACAUUCAGAAAAUUGUUUCAGCUACACCGACUGCAAGUUAUAUGUCCACUGAAGUCGCGAGUUGGUUUGAUACCAAGUACGAUAUGAACAAGGUCAGAUUCUACGGACCCUACCAAGAUGACUGCAAGGUUUUAUCCCCGAGAACAUAG